CCGCGCCCUUGCGCCCCGCCGUCCCCACUCGGACUCCCCGGCUCCCCGCGCUGUUUGCGGGGACAGAUCGGUGCUGCGGCUCGGACCCGCGUCCCCACGCUGCCCAGCGGCGGGAGCGGGGAGGCUGAGCGGAGCGCGGGGCGGAGGGGAGCGGAGCGGAGGGGAGGCGGCCGCCGUGCUCCCCGCCAGCCCGGAGCGUGCGGCAGGGGCCCGGGGGCCUGGGCGGCGCACCCCCCGCCCCUAAGCGGCUGCGGCCCCGGGGCCCGUCCCUCCCCGCGCCGCCGGCACAGGCGCCGGAGAGCGGGGGCCGGAGCGCCGGGCGCCCCUCCCGGAGCCGGUCCCGCUGCGGACCCGGAGCGGAGGGGAAGGAGCCAGCCGGGAGGCGCCCCGGUCGCCCAUGCCUGUGUGAGCAGCCCGAGGACGAGUGCGGCGGCAGAGGAGCGCGCGCUGGGGAGAGGAGGCAGGAAGAUGAGGAGGAUUUGCAGGCAGAUUGUCUUGUUGUUUUCCGGAUUCUGGGGACUCGCCAUGGGAGCCUUCCCGAGCAGCGUGCAGAUAGGUGGGCUCUUCAUCCGAAACACAGACCAGGAAUACACUGCCUUCCGACUAGCGAUCUUCCUGCACAACACCAGCCCCAAUGCGUCGGAAGCGCCUUUUAAUCUGGUUCCUCAUGUGGACAACAUUGAGACAGCCAACAGUUUCGCUGUAACAAACGCUUUCUGUUCCCAGUAUUCUAGAGGAGUGUUCGCCAUUUUUGGACUCUAUGAUAAGAGGUCAGUACAUACCUUGACCUCCUUCUGCAGCGCCUUACACAUCUCCCUCAUCACACCGAGCUUCCCUACCGAGGGGGAGAGCCAGUUUGUGUUGCAGCUGAGGCCUUCCUUGCGAGGAGCACUCUUAAGUCUGCUGGAUCACUACGAAUGGAACUGUUUUGUCUUCCUGUACGACACAGACAGGGGAUAUUCAAUACUUCAAGCUAUUAUGGAAAAAGCAGGACAAAAUGGUUGGCACGUCAGCGCUAUAUGUGUGGAAAAUUUUAGUGAUGUCAGCUAUAGACAACUUCUAGAAGAACUGGAUAGAAGACAAGAGAAGAAAUUUGUCAUCGACUGUGAGAUAGAGAGGCUUCAGAACAUAUUAGAACAGAUUGUGAGUGUUGGAAAGCAUGUUAAAGGCUACCAUUAUAUCAUCGCAAACUUGGGAUUCAAGGAUAUUUCUCUUGAGAGGUUUAUACAUGGUGGAGCCAAUGUUACAGGAUUCCAGCUGGUGGAUUUUAAUACACCUAUGGUAACCAAAUUAAUGGAUCGCUGGAAGAAACUAGACCAGAGAGAGUAUCCAGGAUCUGAGACUCCUCCAAAGUACACAUCCGCUCUGACUUAUGAUGGAGUCCUGGUGAUGGCCGAAACUUUCCGAAGUCUUAGGAGGCAGAAAAUUGAUAUUUCAAGAAGAGGAAAUGCUGGGGAUUGCCUGGCCAAUCCUGCUGCUCCGUGGGGCCAGGGAAUUGACAUGGAGAGGACACUCAAACAGGUUCGCAUUCAAGGGCUGACGGGGAACGUCCAGUUUGACCACUACGGACGCAGGGUCAAUUACUCGAUGGAUGUGUUUGAGCUAAAGAGCACAGGGCCAAGGAAGGUUGGUUACUGGAAUGACAUGGACAAAUUAGUCUUGAUUCAAGACGUACCCACUCUUGGCAAUGACACAGCAGCUAUUGAGAACAGAACAGUGGUUGUAACCACAAUCAUGGAAUCCCCAUAUGUUAUGUUCAAGAAAAAUCACGAAAUGUUUGAAGGAAAUGACAAGUAUGAAGGAUAUUGUGUAGACUUGGCAUCUGAAAUUGCAAAACAUAUUGGUAUCAAGUAUAAAAUUGCCAUUGUCCCUGAUGGAAAAUAUGGAGCAAGGGACGCAGACACAAAAAUCUGGAAUGGGAUGGUAGGAGAACUUGUUUAUGGGAAAGCAGAGAUUGCUAUUGCCCCUCUGACAAUCACUCUGGUCCGAGAGGAGGUCAUUGACUUCUCUAAGCCCUUCAUGAGUUUGGGCAUAUCUAUCAUGAUCAAAAAGCCUCAGAAAUCUAAACCGGGAGUGUUUUCCUUCUUGGAUCCUCUGGCCUAUGAGAUCUGGAUGUGCAUAGUCUUUGCCUACAUUGGUGUCAGCGUGGUCUUGUUCCUAGUGAGUAGGUUUAGCCCAUAUGAAUGGCACACAGAAGAGCCAGAGGAUGGAAAGGAAGGACCCAGCGACCAGCCUCCCAAUGAGUUUGGCAUCUUUAACAGCCUCUGGUUCUCCCUGGGUGCUUUUAUGCAGCAAGGAUGUGACAUUUCACCCAGAUCCCUCUCAGGUCGAAUUGUUGGAGGUGUUUGGUGGUUCUUUACACUCAUCAUUAUAUCAUCUUACACUGCUAACCUCGCUGCUUUCCUGACCGUGGAGCGCAUGGUCUCCCCCAUAGAGAGUGCGGAAGAUCUGGCCAAGCAAACAGAAAUUGCCUACGGAACGCUGGAUUCAGGGUCAACAAAAGAAUUCUUCCGAAGAUCAAAAAUAGCAGUGUACGAAAAGAUGUGGACCUACAUGCGGUCAGCGGAGCCGUCCGUGUUCACCAGGACUACCGCGGAGGGCGUAGCUCGAGUCCGCAAGUCCAAGGGCAAAUUUGCCUUCCUCCUGGAGUCCACUAUGAAUGAGUACAUCGAGCAGCGGAAGCCGUGUGACACCAUGAAAGUGGGAGGAAAUCUGGAUUCCAAAGGCUAUGGAGUAGCCACGCCCAAGGGUUCCUCAUUAAGAAAUGCUGUUAACCUCGCAGUUUUAAAACUGAAUGAACAAGGCCUCUUGGACAAAUUGAAAAACAAAUGGUGGUACGACAAAGGAGAAUGUGGCAGCGGGGGAGGUGACUCCAAGGACAAGACGAGUGCCUUGAGCCUGAGCAACGUAGCAGGCGUCUUCUACAUUCUGGUCGGCGGCCUGGGCUUGGCCAUGCUGGUGGCUUUGAUAGAGUUCUGUUACAAGUCCAGGGCAGAAGCGAAGAGAAUGAAGCUGACCUUUUCUGAAGCCAUAAGGAACAAGGCCAGGCUCUCCAUCACCGGGAGCGUGGGUGAGAACGGCCGCGUCCUCACGCCCGACUGCCCGAAGGCUGUCCACGCCGGGACCGCAAUGCGACAGAGUGCAGGCUUGGCUGUCAUUGCAUCGGACCUACCAUAAAAACCAAAAACAUAAUCGAGUGCCUUAAUUAAACUGUGUUGGUGACUGACGGGAGCAGCCCGGGGAGCGGGCCCGCGGGGCCCUGGCUAUGGCCCAGUCCUCCUCCGGCUGAGAGUGCCGGCGGCAGCGGCGGCAGCAGCAGCAGCAGCGACGUGUGCAUGAGCUCAGCUCGGAAAACCCAAUCUCAGAUUUUCUAUCAGGAAAACUCACAACCUAGGUUUUCUUGGGACGCGGGCGGGGAGGGAUCUGGGACGGGUGUAUUCACAGCAGCAAACUUCACUCCGGUGGACUUCAACACUAACCAGGCUUGCGAGCUAGCGCAUCCACGCUGCAGGUCUUGCUCACCGAGGCCUUGGCCUCCACAGCAAGAGAUGGAUGGAUGAGAUAGCGGGAGAAGUCUAUGAACAUGCUGUCUCCAGAGCACCCAUCUAAUCUACUGAGGACUGUCCAGCGGAGAAAAACACAUCACUAAACUGCGAUCAGAACAUAAUACACACACAUGUAAAUCCUGUGAAAAACAAAAAUUUAAAGGAAGUAUUUACAUUUACUUUGGAGAAAAAAAACAAAUACUGAAACACAUGCUUGCUUUUUCAAUGAUGUAAAUUCAGUAGAGGACAAUACGAUUCCUUUUUCUAACCAUCUUAGGGAACAGUACAUUGCAAUAAUUGAUAUAAAUGCCAUCACUGUAAUAAACUCUAGAGACUCUUUUUUU